UUGCACACGGUGGUGUUUUCCCCUUUGGAUUUUGCAAGGCUUUUUUGUCAUGAUGGGUGGAUUUUUCUCAUUUUCAUGGAAGCUGCUGUUUCUCUGCAUUUGUGUCGCAGAUAUGACCGUCGGCCAGGUCCGUUAUUCUAUACCUGAGGAAAUGGCGAAGGGCUCCAUUGUAGGGAAUAUCAUUCAGGAUUUAGGUUUGGAUGUCAAGCGGCUGAAAUCUGGGCGGGCGAGAAUAUUUACCGAGGACAGCAGUGAGUACAUCGGUCUUAAUUUGGAUAAAGGAACUCUUAUAGUCAACGAGAGGAUAGAUAGAGAGGAGCGGUGCGGGCAAGUGUCUCCUUGCUCUCUGCAUUUUCAGAUCAUACUGGAUAACCCAAUGGAGCUGCACCGCAUAGAUGUGGAAAUUCUUGAUAUCAAUGAUAACGCUCCGGUUUUCGCAAAGAGGGAAAUUAAUUUUGAAAUGAGUGAAUUAGCUGUUAAGGGAGCUCGAUUUUCUCUUGACAGCGCCAAAGAUCCAGACGUCGGGCUGAAUACUCUCCAAACGUAUAAACUUAGUCCGACAGAUCAUUUUAAAUUAAAUAUGCUAUCUCGACCUGACGGAACUAAAUAUGCUGAAAUGGUACUCCAGACACUGUUAGAUAGAGAAAAACAAGAAGAACAUAAACUAACACUAACAGCAUAUGAUGGCGGCGACCCCCCAAAAUCAGGGUCUGUCAAAAUUAACGUUAUUGUAAUGGAUGCAAAUGACAAUGCACCUGUGUUCAGCCAGUCUCUUUACAGAGUAACAGUUGCUGAAAACGCGUCAAGGGGUACUGUUAUUUUAAAAGUUAGUGCCACUGAUGCUGAUAAGGGAACAAAUGGAGAAGUGGUGUAUUCGUUGUCUCAAAAUAGUGAUAUUACAUCAUCUCUGUUCAAUAUAGAUCCCCAUACCGGGGAAAUGACAGUGAGAGGUGAGUUAAAUUACGAAAAAGUAAAACAUUAUGAAAUUGAUGUAGAAGCUACGGACAAAGGAGGGUUGAGAGACACAAGCAAGGUGCAAAUUGAGGUGAUCGACCUAAAUGAUAAUGCCCCCGUCAUAAGCAUAAUUUCCCUCUCCAAUCCCAUACCAGAGGACUCUGCUCCAGACACUGUUAUAGCCAUGCUCAAUAUCAAAGAUUUGGACUCAGGUAAAAAUGGCCGAGUUAAGUGUUCCAUUAACCCAGAUUUACCCUUCAAAAUCAAGUCAUCUUCGAUUAAUUUCUAUAGUUUAGUAUCUGAUGACGUUUUGGACCGCGAAACAGUGCCCGAAUAUAAUAUAACAAUAACAGCGAUGGACGAGGGUUCCCCACCGUAUUCUACAAACAAGACUAUUAAUAUAAGAAUUUCGGACGUAAACGACCACGCUCCAAUAUUCCCAAAACCUUUUUUCACCGCUUUCAUCACUGAAAAUAAUUCACCUGGCAUGUCACUCCUGUCUGUUAAAGCCAGUGACAAAGAUUCUGGGAACAAUGCGCGCAUUUCCUAUUUCCUUGAAGAUAGCCAACUGAAUGGGAUGUCAGCCUCGGCUUAUUUUUCAGUGAAUGCAGAGAGUGGAGAGAUACUUGCUGUGCGUUCCUUCGACUAUGAGCAAACAAAAGACUUCAAAAUUCGUGUCAAAGCGCAGGAUGGAGGCUCCCCUCCACUCAGUAGCAAUGUGACUGUAACAAUAAUGAUCCAAGACCAGAACGACAACCCCCCUCAGGUUCUGUACCCAGUCCAGACUGGUGGCUCUCUAGUGGCUGAAAUGGUCCCUCGUUCAGCAGAUGUGGGCUAUCUGGUCACUAAAGUGGUGGCUGUUGAUGUGGACUCUGGACAGAAUGCCUGGCUCUCCUAUAAACUGCAGAAAGCCACAGACAGGGCGCUGUUUGAAGUGGGCUUACAGAAUGGAGAAAUAAGAACUAUCCGCCAGGUGACUGAUAAAGAUGCUGUGAAACAAAGACUGACUGUUAUAGUGGAGGACAACGGGCAGCCCUCUCGUUCAGCUACAGUCAUUGUUAACGUGGCGGUGGCGGACAGUUUCCCUGAAGUGCUGUCAGAGUUCACUGACUUUACACACGACAAGGAGUACAAUGACAACCUGACUUUUUACUUAGUGUUGGCUCUGGCUGUAGUUUCCUUCCUCUUCAUCACGUGUUUAGUGGUUAUUAUAUCAGUGAAAAUCUACAGGUGGAGACGCGAGCGCCUGUUUUUCAAUUCCAGUGGAAAUCUUCCUGUUAUUCCAUAUUACCCGCCCCUUUACGCAGACGUAGGAGGCACCGGUACGUUGAAGCAGGCGUUCAGUUACGAGGUGUACGGAACUACUGACUCCCGGAAGAGUGAUAUGAAGUGUUCCCGACCCUUCAGUCAGAGCACUCUGAGUGUUGACCAUACCAGGACAGUGCCAAGGCAUAAAACUGAGUCAGAGCUCACAGAGGUGAGAUCUGCCUCUUUCUUGCUGCCUUAAAACCCUUGUUUUGUAUCUGUUCUUCAGUUCAGUUUAGCCACUGCUCACUCAUUAUUUGGAUUAUUCUGGUACUUUACCAAUUAUGCCUACAUUAAGUACUCACCGACAUGUCUACUCAAUCUCAGACUAUUCUUAUUGUGGUAAAGGUAGUCAACAUAUAUUUGGUCUCUUUGCAUCACAUCUCAUGUGUGGCUGGAUUUAAGGUUACAAACAGUUAUAUUUGAGCAUAAAUAUUAGUCAAGGAUGGUGGUAAAAUUUACAUUGGCAUUUCAUACUAUAUUGAACAUCCGUUUUUCUGUCACUGUUUAGGGAAGUAUCAACAGGACUUUUUAUCGUGCCCCCUUUCAUGCCCCAUACUUUUCUACCGCCUCAAUUUUGCCCAAAUAAAGCAUUUGAAUAGUUAAAAUACUAAAUAAAAUCACUAUCACUAAAUCACUAAAAUCAGUAAAAUACUAUAUUAGUUUCUUUCUUGCAUUUUCCCUUUUCGCUCAUUUUUCCUUUUCCUUAUUAUACAUACUCCAACACUGUUCUUGACUUUCUGGUGUGCUUUGUACAGAGGUUGUACAUGUAUGGUUUUAUAUGCUUUUUGUAAGAUACACCGUCAGAGCCUUGUAAUUUUUGCCUUGGACACUACAUCCUCCUUGCUGUUUUGUCACAUGUAUUUCACAUUAAUCACAUUAAUUCCAUUCUUUGAUAUUCAUAUUGACUCAUUUAUCAUCUACUAGAGCUUGCGAUUAUAUGAAAAAUCAGGCAUUGAAAUAUGAUCUGUGCAUACAAACCAAGUAAAAACAUGUUGACAGACAGACUUACAUAAUGUACUAUAUGCCCUAUCAGAGAGCAUUGUGUGAUGAUCUACAGAAAUGAGAACAAGAGAACAGUAUAGCAGCCACAAUGAAAGAAAAAAAGAUUCUUGGCUUCAUCCCUUCUAAAGCACUUCUACAGAUUGCUCUCGCAUAGAAACACAACCACGCAGUGUACUACUUUUUCAGUGACCUAAUUCCCUCUGUAACAUUGUACAGCCAUAGGCAUUGGGCUGCACACAGAGAAAAAAGUGAAGGGAUGGAUACAGGCAAACUAUAACAAGAGGAGUUAGUGAAAACCAAUUAAAAAUGCAAACAUGACACAAUAACAUUGAUUAAGAGGCUUAAAAUGGGGUAGAGGGGGAAGAGGAAACAGUCACUACUGGU